AUGGGUAAUAGCUCUAGUUUACCAGACUGGUCCAAACGUGUCCCUGACGGACCUUUAUUUCCAAAUAGAUUAAAUUAUCCAAUUUAUGGAGAUCCGAAACGAGCGUUUGGUAUCUCAUCCGGGGCUUUCUUACCGUUUUUCGGCGAAGAACUUUUUAUUGUACAGAGUAAUGACAAAUACACACUAAACAAUCCAUUAGUUUCUCAAUGUGUAUCAGACUUAGAUGGCAAAUCUGGCCCUAGUACCUUUGUUAGGAAUGUACACCAGGGCAAAUCAGCAAACAUGGAAUCUCGAUCAAAUAAAAGGCGGCCUACAUAUUCUGCUAAGAACUUCAAGUCACAAAUUGAAGAUGAACAAUCUAACUCUGACAUCGAUGACAGUGUAACUUCGAAAUCUGCAAAGGAUUUAAGAAUUAGCAAACUUAUAGAAUUUAAAAAGAUGUUAACAACUGAAAUUAAAUUUAAGACGGCCAUCUUUUAUGAAAAAGUCAAAAUCACAAUUUCGACUGACGGUAACAAAUUGGAGUGGUACAAGGCAAAAGAUAAAUAUAAUGCAAGCGAAAAUACAGGAACCCCAUUAGGUACAAUUAUUAUGAAAAAGAUUACCAGUGCAAAGACAAAAAUAGAUGACACUCGCUGUUUGGAAAUAAUUGUGGGCAAUACCUCAUACUUCCUUAUGUUCAAAACUCAACAGGAUAGGGCCAAGUGGCAAAUGCAGUUUGAUUCUCUCAGAAAGUUCAUGUCUAUGAUAUAA